GCCCCGCUUUUUCCAGGAGGCGCAGAGCUGUGCCCAAGGGAAGAUGCCUCACGAGGCAGAUGUGGGUUCAAGAGCAGUGGACCCUGCAGCUGGCCCAGCGUGCCUGGCAUCCAACUCUCUGUCUGGUGAAUCCACACAGGCCACCCCACCUGCCAGUGAUGGGAAACAUGUUCUCUGUGGAUCUGGAAGGACUGAAACCCCAAUGACUCAAGAAAGGGAAGCCAAAGGCAAAGAAGAAGACAUGAGCAAAUCACAAGAUGGUCUGCGGCUGUGGACCACCCAUCGGAACGGGGAAGUCCAACUGAGGCUCAUGAAGCACGGGCCGGGCCACGAGACUCCGAUGACCAUCCCUGAGUAUUUGCGGGAGUCGGUCAGCCGGUUUGGGACUUACUCGGCCGUCGGCUGGAUGGCUAACAACCAGUGGGAAUUUCUGAAUUACAACCAGUACUACGAGGCGUGUCGGAAGGCCGCCAAAGCCUUCCUCAAGCUGGGUCUGGAGCGCUUCAACGGAGUCGGCCUCUUGGGGUUCAACUCGGCGGAGUGGUUUAUGGGUGCCCUUGGCAGCAUCAUGGCAGGGGGCCUCUGCGUGGGUAUCUACGCCACCAACUCUGCGGAGGCCUGCGAAUUUGUCAUCUCUCAUGCCAAGGUCAACGUCUUACUGGUUGAAAAUAACCAACAGCUACAGAAAAUCCUUUCGAUUUCACCCAGUAAGCUGGAGACCUUAAAAGCCAUCGUCCAAUAUAAGGAGCCUCUGGACGACAGCAUCAGCAGCGAGGUCCCCGUGUACUCCUGGGAUGACUUCAUGAAGCUUGGUUCCAGCAUCCCCGAUAUCGAGCUAGACCAGAUCCUUGACAGCCUGCAGGCCAACCAGUGCGCUGUGAUCAUCUACACCUCGGGGACCACCGGCAACCCCAAGGGCGUAAUGCUCAGCCACGACAACAUCACGUGGAUGUCCGGGGCCGUGGCCAGGGAGUGCUGCCUGUCUUUGGCCCCAGAGAAGCAGGAGACGGUGGUCAGCUACCUCCCCCUCAGCCACAUCGCAGCCCAGAUCAUGGACCUGUGGAUACCCAUCAAGGUCGGGGGGCUCACCUACUUUGCUCAGCCAGACGCGCUACGGGGCACCCUGGUGAACACCCUGCAUGACGUGAGACCGACGACCUUCCUGGGGGUGCCCCGGAUCUGGGAGAAGAUGCAGGAGAAGAUAAAGGAGAACAGCGACAGGUCAUCCACGCUGAAGAGGAAGGUCUUCCUGUGGGCGAGGAACGUGGGCACGCAGGUCAACAGCAGAAGGAUGAUGGGGGUAUCCGACUUGCCCAUGAGCUACCGCGUGGCCAAGGCCCUGGUAUUCAACAAGGUGCGAGUCGCCCUGGGCCUGGACCGUUGCCGGCUCUUCAUCAGCGGGGCAGCCCCCCUCACGCAGGACACGGCCGAGUUCUUCCUCAGCCUGGACAUCCCCGUCUUCGAGCUGUACGGCAUGAGCGAGAGCUCGGGCCCACACACCAUGUGCAGCUCGGAGAACUACCGAGUCCUCAGUUGUGGGAAGAUCUUAAGCGGCUGCAAGAAUAUGUUGUACAAGCAGAACAAAGAGGGCAUCGGCGAGGUCUGCUUCUGGGGCCGGCACGUCUUCAUGGGCUACCUGGACAGGGUGGACAGUACCAUGGAGGCCAUCGACGAGGAGGGCUGGCUGCACUCGGGGGACCUGGGCCGCAUGGACAAGCAGAACUUCCUCUACAUCACUGGACGCAUCAAAGAGCUGCUCAUCACUGCCGGCGGCGAGAACGUGCCUCCAGUCCCCAUUGAGAACCUGGUCAAGGAGAAGAUCCCCAUCAUUAGCAACGCCAUGCUGGUGGGGGACAGGGCCAAGUUCCUGAGCAUCCUGCUGACGCUGAAGUGCGAGAUGGACCCCAUGACUGGAGCACCGCUGGACAAACUGACCCCGGACACCAUCAGGGUCUGCCGGCACCUGGGCAGCCACGCGUCCACGGUGACGGAGAUCCUGGAGGCCAAGGACCCCUCCAUCUACAAGGCCAUCCAGAUGGGGAUCGACCAGGUGAAUGAGAUGGCCGUGUCCAAUGCCCAGAAGAUCCAGAAGUGGGUCAUCCUCGAGAAGGACUUCUCCAUCCCCGGCGGAGAGCUGGGCCCAACCACCAAAAUGAAGAGACCGUUUAUAAGCGAGAAAUACAAGCAACAGAUCCAAGCCCUGUACCACUGACCAGACAUGCAAACACCUCAGACAGGGAGACCUCGGCACAACGCACCACCAAGACCUCCUCCAGCCUCCCACCUGGGGUUCCCGCCUGCCGGUCUCCAGAAGCCAGGUGCCCCAUGGCUCUGUCUCUUGAUUGCACACCGGUCCAGGUGUCCCAGCGGGACUUCCCCCCACCUUGCAAAGCAAUCAGCUUGGGGCCAUAUGAGCCAUGGGGCGGCAGGUGUCCAGAACCGAUGUUAGGGGAACAUCGUCUCAGCAAACUCCUGGUGUAGAGGGAAGAUCCGGCCGGGACAUGGCCCAGCUGGGCAGCCUGCGUCCCCCCGGAGGACCUGACGAGAUGUCAGACGUCACGCCAAGCUUCUGUCUCCCCACAAAAGUCACGAACCAUACCCCUGGGCCCCCUUCAGAAACAAACCCACCAGCUGCCUGGAAACCACUUGGGGACCCACCCCGCAAUCAGCUCUGAAAAUAAAGCUCUCAACGCCCCGUU